CGCACGAGGAAACGGUUUCUAUGGUGACACUUUGUUGUAGAUUGGAAGUUUCUGCGGAGCUGCGAAGCUCAGGGUGAUGACAGAACAAGCGGCGGACGUCGCCUUCCCUGCCGACCAAAAGACUAACAGCCUGCACUGCACAUUUCAGCACCCCAUCUAUCCUAACAUGGCAGAACGGACUCGAUGCCUAACGUGAAAAAAACGUUCGCUCUGUGGCAUUGUACGGGGUGUGUGUGUGUGUGUGAGAGGGCAUAUGUAAGCGUGUGUGUGUGAGUGCGUGUGUGUGUGUGUGAGAGAGAGCCAUGGCGUCGGUGAGUGUAACGCUGGAGAACCAGCUGCACAGCGCUCAGAAGAAUCUGCUGUUCCUACAACAGGACCACGCCAACACACUCAAGGGCCUGCACGCAGAGAUACGACGCCUACAGCAACACUGCACAGACUUGACAUAUGAGCUGACAGUGAAGAGUUCAGAUCCAACAGACAGCAGUGAGGAGCGUUGCCGCGCGCUGCAGAGGAGGUGUGAGGAGCUGGAGGCGCAGCUGAGGGAGAAGGAGGAGGAGAACGCGGAACUGCUGAGGGAACUGGAGCAGAAGGCCGCCAUGAUGGGGGUCCUGGAGGAGACACUCAGGGAGAGGGAACGCAGCUACAUGGAACAGUUGAAGCAUAAGAGCCAGAGGUUGGCGGUGUUGUCAGGUGAGUUGGAGCAGAGGGCCAGCACCAUCGCCUACCUGACGGCCCAGCUACACGCCACCAAGAGACGGCUGCUGGCCGGGGGAGGGGCAGGGGGGAGCGCGGAGGUGCCCGGUGGGGGGGCAGGAGGUGUAGAGGGAGGAGUUACCCCCACGGCAGCAGCAGCGGGGGGUUCGAGUGCUGCCUCAGCUGCAGCAGCAGGGAGCCAAUCGGGAUCGAGCUCGUCGGCGUCCCCGGCCUAUCGACCGGCCCCGCCGACGCAGCCCCAGCCCCCUGACACGCCCACACGCCGACGCAUGCGCAAGAGCCUAUCACAGCCUCUGCACGCUGAGUGGGCGGAGCUAUACCGCCAGGGGGCGGGCCCGGACAGCCGACGUCUGAUCCUGAGGGAGGCGGCCCUGGACGCCAUGCCCGACCCCACCCCCUUCCUGCAGCCCAGAGAGCCGCGUGACCUGCUCCACGGCUCGGCCCCUCUCCACGCCACCUCCCCGCAGCCCCUACACAAGAGCCGGCCCGCCGUCAUCCCGCCAAUCAACGCCUCCUCCGCCUCCUCCUCCUCCGGCUCCGAGCGCACCACCAAUGACGCGCCCCGCUCCGGCUCGGCCACGCCCACCGGCAGCCCCGGCCACACCCCCACCCCGACGCGGCUGCCCGCCGUCCCGCUAGGCCCCAGCCAGGCCUUCAGCCCCAAGGGCAGCCCAGGCCGCCAUGCCCAGUCUCGCCAGCAGAGGGCUCACGUCGGGGUGGCGCAUCGCAUACCACACUCCCCCACCACCACCACCUCCUCCUCCACCACCUCCUCCCAGCCGACUGCUGCUGCUGCUGCUGCUGCCGCCACUGUGUCCCCGAGCGCCCCACACCCCCACCCCCCCUCCAGGCCCCUGCACGCCGAGCUGCACAGCCUGGCUGUGGACCAGGUGAACGGGGGAGGGGCCAAGGUGGUACGCAAGCGCUCAGGGACGGACAGAACUGUGUAACACACACACACACAUAUCCUCCCACGACGCUCGCCUCUCUCUCUCUUUCUCUCUCUUUCUUGCUCUCUGUUUCUCUCUCUCUCUCUCUCUCUCUCUCUCUCUCUCUCUCUCUCUCUCUCUCUCUCUCUCUCU